GCCCUCCGCACGUCGUUCUACACGUUCAACUUGCACUCUCUUCACCAUCUCCAGCGUUCGCGACAUCCUCGCCUCGCUGCCCUCUAUUCUUGCUUCAAAAAUCCUCGCUGCUUACCUGGGGAGUGUGUGUAAGAUACCCAACUGUAACGACAACUCCCUGUAGCCUGUUUCAAUCAUGCCGCCUCGAGGAAGCGAAGGCCUUGACUUUACACCGAUACUCACCCACUACUUGUUCCUUUUCACCACCAUUCUUGCUGUGAUUGGAUGGUUUGUUGCUUUUAUUGGCCAAGCCAUAGCAACUGCAAAUGGUAAGUUCGCACCAUAUAUUUCCUACUCCAACUCAAUCUCUUUCAUUUACAGGUCAUCGGUCUGACGUUGGCGUACUAUGGUUCGCCAUCUUCCUACAACUCUUCCUCAUCCUCGGUGUUCUGCACACGCUUGCGACCGAUUCAAUAGCCAUGCACCGCUUUCAAAUUUCUGUAUUCGGCGCUGUCGCUAUCGUCUUCGCUGUUACUGGUGUUAACAACGGCAUUUUCACUGGAGUUCCAUCCCUCGAUGCAAUGGCAGCAGGCUGGCUUAUCCUAGCCAUCGUCGAUAUCCUCUGGACACUCUACUUCACUUCGGAGGAAGAUUCCCUGAUGCUACAUGUAUUCAAUUCCCUGGGUACAGGCGGGCUCACCCCUCCUUCAAGACGUCGCAGGACACGACCAAUGUCCGUACACAACAUGGGAGCAGCUAACGGGUACAAUGCAAGUUACUCAGCACCGCCAGGAAGCGGUAUGGGCCCAGUAGGCUACGACAGCAAGUUGGGUGGUAGCUUCACCGGACCGAUACGAAGUGACGCUGGAAGCUUUAAGCAAGCUGAUCGAAGCAUGGAGGCACGAAGCAUCGGGGCGGGCAGUAUCAACAAUAUGCAAACUGGUGCUGGAGGCGGGGGAGGAGCAGGCUCCAUCUCAGGUGGUAUCGAUAACAGUGCUGGUAUAAAUUCACCCUUGAUGGGUAGUGGUGCAGCUGGUGUAGGAGCUGGUGGUGGGCCUGGGCCGACUCCUGCGGGUGGACAGACGAGUCCAGUCGCGUCGCCUACUGUAGCUGGGGACAUCGCUGGUGGAUCUGACGGGUAUAUUUACCGAGCGAAAGCGAUGUAUGCAUAUAAUGCAUCAGAAGAUGAUCCAAAUGAGAUUUCAUUUGCGAAGGGCGAGAUCAUGGAAAUCCUCGACAAGCAAGGAAAGUGGUGGCAAGCUAAGAAGGCUGAUGGUACAGUUGGAAGUACGUCCCCUUCUCUCUCCCAUGUCUUACUCGUCCCUCAUCAUCCCCCACUCACUGUUCCCCUUAUUUACAGUUGCGCCAUCAAAUUACCUACAAAUUAUUUGAAAGACUGGACUGCUUUCUUUUCUUCUCCAUGCACACAUCCUCUGUGGAUGGACUUUUUCUAACUCCUUUUACGAUCGACGAUGAACGUAUGCUCUGUUCAUUACUGUUUACUACUACUGUCCCGAUUUUGUUUUCAAACGUGUCACCAUAUCAUCAUAAUGUUCGUAGUAAACUAGGUUCUCAUUCUUUUAUGACAGAAAUGCUACUACGCACAUAUGGUCUUUUUACCUCUCCCUAUCCUUAUUAUUUUCCUUGUGUUGUCUUCCCGAAUGUUUUCCCAGACGCUUUUUGCUUUUCAUAGUGUUAGUUGCAUCGUUGGGUAUUCAAACAUCUCCAAUCCACAGCUCAUGAAAUCAAAAGACAGAUGGCAUACUCGUACGUUCUCAGUCGCAAGAAGGCUGGUUGCAAAGUCAAGGUCAAGUCCUGAAUGCAUUAGAUAUUGUAUAAUUGCUGUAUACUGUUGCUACAAAUGUGACUUGAUGACUAUUAGAAAACAC